UCCAUUGAGAAGAAGAGGGAAAGAUGGCGUCCUCUAACAAUCCUCGCAAAUUUAGCGAAAAAAUCGCUUUGCAUAAUCAGAAACAGGCGGAGGAAACCGCUGCGUUUGAAGAAGUGAUGAAAGACCUGAACAUCACCAGAGCCGCGCGGUUGCAGUUACAGAAGACCCAGUAUUUGCAACUAGGGCAGAAUCGUGGACAGUACUAUGGAGGCUCACUGCCCAAUGUCAAUCAGAUUGGAAAUGGCAACAUUGACCUGCCUUUUCAGAACUCUGUGCUGGAUACCAGCCGGACAACCAGGCACCACGGGCUGGUGGAGCGUGUUUACCGUGACCGGAACCGCAUCACAUCUCCUCACCGCCGGCCGCUGUCAGUUGACAAACAUGGACGCCAGAUUGACAGCUGUCCUUACAGCUCAGUUUACCUCUCCCCACCGCCAGACACGAGCUGGAGAAGGACAAAUUCGGACUCUGCCUUACACCAGAGCGCCAUGAAUCCGAAGCCCCAGGAGGUGUUUGCAGGGGGAUCACAGGAGCUGCAGCCUAAACGAGUACUGCUGCUAACAGUGCCUGGGACGGAGAACUCGGAGUCGAAUGCAGACAAGGAUGCGCAGAAACAGUUAUGGGAUGACAAGAAGGAUGAUUCAUCAAAGCCCAACACAUGUGAUGUCCCGGGAAUCAAUAUAUUCCCAUCACCAGACCAGGAGUUGAACCCGUCUGUGCUCCCAGCUGCACACAACACUGGUGGUUCGCUGCCUGAUCUGACCAACAUCCAGUUCCCUCCUCCACUGUCCACUCCACUGGACCCCGAGGACACCGUGGCCUUCCCCUCCCUCAGCGCAUCCAACAGCACGGGCAGCCUGACCACCAACCUCACCCACCUGGGCAUCAGCGCUGCCAGCCAUGGGAUCCCCACCUCCUCUCAGCCCACCAUGACUGUCACAGCACAGCGCCGGCAGCCCCCCGUUGUGCCGCUCACCCUCACCUCGGACCUCCAUCUUCAACAGUCCCCACAGCAGCUUUCACCCACCCUCUCCUCACCUGUUAACAUCACACAGGCCUUGCCAACAGAGUCACUGACCCUGGAGCAGCAGCUCUCCCAGUACCCCCUGUUCAACCAGCUGACGGCCCAGGCCCAGGCUCAGCUGCUCAGCGACCUCCAGAAGCAGCAGCAGGCUCUGCCACAGGGCAUCCAGCUCAUCACCUUACCAACACUGGCUUCCCCUGGUACCACCGCCACUGCCAGCAGCCCCUCCCCAGACAGCCAGAGCCAGACCACCGCCAGCAUCAGCAUUGGCUCGUACCGCAAUCAGACUGGCUCACCAGCCACUCAGUCUCCAACCUCCCCAGUCUCCAAUCAAGGCUUCUCCCCCGGCGGCUCGCCUCAACACAUUCCCGUGGUGGGCAGUAUAUUUGGCGACUCCUUCUAUGAUCAGCAGUUGGCUUUGAGGCAGACCAAUGCACUCUCUCAUCAGCUGGAGCAGUUCAACAUGAUCGAGAACCCCAUCAGCUCCACCAGCCUUUACAACCAGUGCUCCACCCUCAACUACACACAGGCGGCCAUGAUGGGCCUCACCGGGAGCAGCCUACAGGACUCGCAGCAGCUUGGCUACAGUAGCCACGGCAACAUCCCCAACAUCAUCCUAACAGUCACAGGGGAGUCUCCGCCGAGCCUCUCCAAAGAGCUCACCAACUCUCUGGCGGGCGUUGGUGAUGUCAGCUUCGACGCAGACUCUCAGUUCCCUCUGGAUGAGCUGAAGAUCGACCCACUCACCCUGGAUGGACUGCACAUGCUCAACGACCCCGACAUGGUGCUCGCCGACCCCGCCACCGAGGACACGUUCAGGAUGGACAGGCUGUAACGGGAGAAGCUGGCUGAGAACAAGAAGAAAAAAAACACACUAACUCGUGGAUGGAGAGAAACAAAGGGCCGGAUGAACCCUCUCCCUCGUUGCAUGGCCGUCCAGCUGUCCGACCUUGCCCUCGACUCCGUGAAGCCCUUUGAAACGAUGCGCCACCAAAAGACAACAGGGAAAAAGACAUCCAGUGGCUUGCCAGGGAAUGGCCUCGCUGUCGUUUUGAAUGAGAUUCGUCGCUCAGCGCUUUCGCUAGCCUGCUGUGUUUACAGUGUACCAUUACAUGCCACAUAUAUUCCAAAAACGCACAUUUGACUAUGUUUGUUUUUUUUUCUUUUCAUAUCCACUUUAAUAUUUGUUUUGUUGAUAUUUGCUCGUAGCAGGAAGCUGCUAGGACAUUGGGCUAAACCGUACCCGUUCUCACGGCUGUAUAAAAAACAAACAGAAAAACACCACAGCCGGUUUGCUUGUACCGUGCAAUCAAAUGAAUCGGUUUUCCCAUCAUGCCGUAACGGCUUUCUAUUUCACACUCAAAGCUUUAUUUUUGAGAACCAAAUGUUAUUUUCAUCAUGUACUGUAUGUUUUGAUGCUUUGUGUAUUUACAUGUUCUAUUUAUUUAUUUAGUUAAAGAUUUUAUAUUCCAUUUCAUAAUUUAAAUUUGAUGCCAAAAUGCUCUCUGUAGGCAUAGUGUACAAUUGCACUGAUGUAAUUUGUGUCUAUUUAUUAAUUACUAACAUAUUUAUAUAUGUGUUUGUUAAGCUACUUGGUUAAUGAAGGAGUGCAAAACCUCCCCAUAGUUGCUCUUUGGUGUUCGAUGUGCCAUUCUCUGAUGUAGGACGUGGUAGACGUUGCCAUGCUGCAGCCCAACGGUCAAAUCUAAAUAUCGUAUUUUUUAGCACAGCUCCAGAAAAUGCUGCGUGCUCCAGAAAUGGGUUGGUUUUACGCCACUUGAAUUAACUUUUUCUGAGAAAAUCAUCAGGUAUUUCUAUUUAACUAGAAAGCAAGAAAAACACGUCCAAAUUAAUUUUCUGCCAGUGAAAAGCCAAUAUAUAUAUAUAUAUCCAUAUAUAUAUGAUAUAUAUCCAGACUGAACUUCUUUUCGGUGAAGGAAGCCGUCUGUUUUUAAACACUAAAAUCUUAAAUCUUUUUAAGUCGUCACUGUGAAAUCACCUGAUUUUGCCUUACAUGAGUAUUCUACUGUUCUACUUAAGUGUCUGAUGUGACAACGUAUUUUCGUAACUUAUUGUAACAUUUUCUUGUAUUUGAGAGGAACUUAACUUUUGGUCAGUGAUAUUUGUGGUUAUGUUGUGUAAGGUUUGACAAAUCAAUGUACUGUAUUUUGUAUCGGUACAGUUUAUAGCCAAAUUGUUGAUGUUUUUUAAAGUGGGGCAAAAAAAAAACAAAAAGAGUCAAAGGACGGGUUCGAAGUGUUUGAGAAGGAGUGCAAUUAUGGGGAGGCUUUUUGCUCCUUGGCAGGGAAGCUCUAACAAAAACGCUAAUGGCCUCUGCCACAGAGGUCAUCAAUAACAAAAGUACCAUGCAAAGAAGAGGGUUGAAAGAUGUUAAUGGUCUAUUGUUGGAUAUUUAACAGUAUGGAAUGGUUGUUUUCAUAAGAGGCAAACUUGCAAUUUCAGAGAUUAUGAAUAUAAGGAUAUUUUUUAUUGCAGAACGUCUGUUUACUCCGAGGAGUAAACUGGAUGAAGUACAUAAAGGGUCUGUUUAAGAAAGAGUGUAUUUAUACAUGUAUUUAGUAUCGUAUGCAACUGUUCCGACAGCACUGAGGUCGGCCCCAUUCCAUUCAGUGUUACAAAACUACUGAAACAGUCACACAAACAAUCAGGGAUGUAGUAGACUCUAAAAAAAAAAAAAUUGUUUACCGAAAAAUGUUUACACAAGUUUCAUCUGAAAAAUGUACAUAUUGAUAUCAUCUCUGACUACAUCUACGACGCAGUGUCCUCUGCCAAAAAAAUGUGUCAAACACAUUGUGUCAAAAAUUUCAAUCUGCCUUUGGCCUUUUGUCAGAGUUUCCCUGAGAGGUCUGUGUAGGUCUGUGGGAUCAUGUUUGGUAUAUUGUAAUGUUCAUGUACAGACGUGCUAAUCAUUUACUCACCUAAAGCGCUGUUGGGAAGAUUUUCCAACCUCCCCCCUCCCCGAAAAGGAAUCACGUUUGGUUACUACACACCUCCACAGUUGUACAAUUUGUUUCAGUUGAAGUGUUUAUCGUCUGCUGUAAUCCUCCAUCAAAGGUUUUGUUUGCCUUUAACAGAUCUGUGAUUCCUAUGCAAAUAAGUCAAGAAAAAAAAUAACCCUUAAAGGAAAAAUCCACCUCUGAUUUUUUUUUUUUUUUAUUGUUUCAACACGUUCAAGGAGUUGAGCUGGAUUUCUGCUUCUAAAAUGGUGUGGCUAAAAAAAAGAAAAGAAAAUAUACACAGCAGAGCUACAGAGAUAAAGAACUGCGAAUGGUCAGUUUUGGGCGGUUGUUUUCAACAUGUUAUUCAUGUUGGUAGAGAUGAUUAAUGAAGACAGCUUUAAGUAAUUUAAAGAGAGGAUCGUCUCCUUUUCAAUAACACUAAAAAAAAUUAUAUUGUGAUCCAGCAAGGCCCUUUACAGUAGUGGAAAACAAAGUAGUAGUCUCUGAAUUACCAAAAGAUUAGAAUUAAUUGUUAUUAUCAUAAUAUUUUUUAUUUUAUUUUAUCUAAUCUAAUAUUAUCUGUCUUUCAGGGCUUUGCAGGUGCAUUACUCUUUUCCAAAAUAAAUGACAAAGCUUUAUAUAAAUAAUCAGGGUUGAGGCAAAUUACUUAGAGAUCUAGUCAGAGAUACUGAAUACAACUUGCAUGGCAAUUUUUGUGAUUAAUGGCAAUAAAUUAGAUUACAAAACAAAGUAAUCUGUAUACUUUUGGAUUACUUUAAUUUUAAAUUAUUAUACAGAAAAUUAAAUAAUAAUUAAAUUAAAUAAUAAAUUUAAUUAAAUAAUAACUAGAAUAAACAAUAAAAAAUAUUUCAAUUUAUUCUUUAAAAAAAAGAUGGUUGCAGCCACAAAAUUCCAAUUUGAGUUCCACAAAUAUUCUUUUUUUCUCUUUGAACAUGAAAAAACAUUUUCAAUACAAAUAAAAUGUAUUUUUCAUAUUUAGCAUUUACAAUUUCUCAAAUCAAAUCCCCUUAUUGAUCACCGCCACAAAGUAGAGCACUUGACUAAGAAACCCAGCAUGUCAGACGUGCUCUUCAAAACUACAUAGACCAUUGGUCAUCAUGAAAUGGUUUAACAAUUUUAAAAUUGUCAUAAUUUAAAGACGGAAAGUUGUUAUUGACAAUGUAACAAAUACUACCUGGACUGAUUAUUUUCUUCUGAUGACGUUACUACCCAACCUUGUCAACAGUGAACGCCCAGCUCAGUUAUCGUCUCCUUUUGAGUCGGUGGACAAAUUUGUAAUUUAAGAUUAAGAUCAACAUUGUCAUUUUAUUUAAGAAAAGGGACUAAAAAAGAAACCUGGAUGAGUUUGAGUGUUGCAGUGGUGCUAUGACAAUCAACGAGUGAAAUCGUAUGCAGAAUUUUUUUUGUCCACGCCAGAGUAAUAAGAAGCAUAAAUCCAGCUUUACUUUGACAUGACGUGACAUUUCUUCCUGUUACUGUAAACUUCCCACCCUGCCAUACCUUGGUCAAUAAUUUCCUCCGUCUUUCCAGACUUCCUCUCCACCUUAACACAUCUCUUCUAGUGUGACUGUUAAACAUCAAUUCAAAACUGCUGCAAUUCUCUGUAACCCUGACGCCAAACCUGAUUUACUGUUAAUGUCAAUGAAAUGUCUCACCACAGUUUCUGAAAAUAUCUAAAUGUAUAAUAAGCCAGUCAUGUACAGGAGAAGAAAAAUAAACUGCUAAAAAAGGCCCAGAAAUGCACGACACUUUCCCAGAAGCUGUUUCUAUUUGUUGGAUUUUUCCUUUAAGUCACUGAAACAAAAUGUAAAGAACUCCUUCUCUACAGAAAACAUGUUUCCAAAGGUUUUAUUCCAAAACAAAAUAAGUGUUUGAGCCCAAACUUCCCUGUUGCAUUUCAAGUAAUGCCAGUGAUUUGAGCUUUUCUCCCCCCGUCACUUCCUUCCUGUCAUCCUGCUGAAUACUAGUCCUUCACACUGACCUUGUACAUACGCUAUAGCUGAAACAAAAUGCAUGACUAAAACUGACAGUCAAAACCUCUAAAUGAAGGCCUUCUAUAGCUGCGCAGGUUUGAUUUGUGUAACAUAACGCUAUCACAGAGUCUAAAGGGAUGCAUGUAUGGGUUUCUCCAACUGUGCGACAGUUAACUCCUGUUAAGUGACUCUGUCACCUCCAUCUCUGUAUAAUGCUACUUCACGAAUGAUAAGAGAAUGUAUUUUCUGUGGCACUGUCCUAGUUUUAGCCUGUUUGCCAAAUGACGUUUGGAGUUAUUGGUCCCAUCACAGUCGGACCUCUUCUUCUACUCUCUGCUCUUCAGUCGCCCCUUCUUCUCCUCAGAGGAAUCACUCAGUCUCUCUCUUCCUACCGUAGCAUCUCACAGCAUACACAUUUACACAGUGUACAAGUGUAAACAGUCAAUUCUCGUACUUAAAAAAAAAAAGAACCCGCAGUCGACCCGGCCCCCUCCUCUCCAUCAGCACAACCCUUUUGGCUUUCUUGAGAAAACAGACGCAGGUUCUGUCUCGCAGAGUUUGCAGAUUGGCACGUGCACUGAUCGUAUGCAUACGUGGACUUGAAUCUUCUGAAGCUUCUGCAUUACGCAGUCAACUGCAUGACAUGAUAGACACAUUGAGCUGAUUCUUAUCCCAUGUUAUGUACAGGAGUUUGAUCUAGCUGUGCUGAGUGUGUUUAAAGACAUCAGAUAUGAUUGUUUUAUGUUGUCUUUGCCUAUCAUGUCAGGUUUUGGACUGUGUAAAGUGUAAUUCUUGUUUUGUUUUUUUGUUUCUUUCUUUGUGUUUUUGUGCAAUGUUUAGUCCACUAGUUGCUUUGCACUUUAUUUGUGACUUCCUGGCUUUUGAGCAGGGACUGUUCUGCCCGAUGUGAAUGCUGACUGUUUCACUCCAGAUGUAUAGUCUGGAGAUAUUUUCAUGUCAAAGAAAAGAUGAAUUCUCUAUUUUCCUUUGUAAACUAUA